AUGGUUCCUACCCUCCUGUUCUUCACCCUCCUAGUGCAAGUUUGCACAGUCAUUACCCGAACAUGCAAUGGUGCAACCCUAUCGAAAUUGUCUGCCAUUUUUAUCUUUGGUGACUCAUUGCUUGACACAGGCAAUAACAAUUUCAUCCCUACUGUAAUGAGAGCCAAUCAUUUACCAUAUGGUCAAAACUUCCCUGGACAUGUCCCUACAGGGAGGUUUUCGAAUGGAAAACUCAUUUCCGAUUUCAUGGCUUCUUCACUGGGAAUCAAGGACACUGUUCCUCCUUUUCUGGACCCAAGACUAUCGAGCAAUGACAUCAAAACAGGAGUCUGCUUUGCAUCCUCCGGGGCGGGUUUUGAUUAUACAACUAAUGCUCAAUUCGGCAUAAUCCCUAUCUCAAGGCAGCCUCAGUAUUUCAGGAGGUAUGUGGAGAAACUUAAGGGAAUUGUGGGGGUGGAAGAGGCUAGUAGAAUAAUCAAUGCUUCUUUAGUGCUUGCUACUGGAGGAGGUAAUGACUACAUUGCUAAUUACUAUGCCUCUCCCACCAAGAGGUUUCAAUAUACUCUUACUCAGUAUCAAGAUUUCUUGCAACAGAGGAUUGAAGAUUUUGUUAAGGCAUUAUACAAUCUAGGGUGCCGUAAUAUGAUGAUAGCUGGGCUGCCUCCACUGGGUGAUUAUGUUGCUGUUCCUUAUAAUCAGAAGCUUGUUGCUCGACUCCAGCAACUGCAGGAAUCCCUUCCAGGAAGCAAAUUAGUCCAUGCAGAUAUUUACACACCGUGGAUGGACAUGAUCAAAAAUCCAUGGAAAUAUGGUAAAACAUCAGUGUUAGGUCGAAAUCUGAUAAUCAAGAUGAUAACCUUUGGUGUACUGAAUUCUGAAUCAGGUUUUACGGUAACAAACGGAGGAUGCUGUGGACUAGGAUUUCCAUCACUGGUUUGUUCUGUACUCACCCCUUUAUGUCCAGACCCUUCCAAGUUCAUGUUUUGGGAUUCAGUUCACCCUAGUGAAUCAGCCUACCGAUACAUGUCUAAGUACUUGGAGGAACAUGUCAUUCCCCAGUUUUCGCAAGCAUGA